GAGCAGAGAGAUCCCACUACAGAGGACGCACGUAGUAACAUGGUCGAAACAAAAGCGUGAGAAGCGAUAGGCCUACUAUCCCAAAACAAACAAACAAAAAAUUUAUUUAUAUCGGCACAUUUCCUGAAACCAAGUGUGGUUAUCUGCAGUAAGUUUUAGUGGAUUUAGAGAUUACUCGCGUGGGAAAUGGAGAAGAAAAGGUGGGAUUGCACUGCUCUCCCCAAAGGCUGGAAAAUGGAAGAAGUGACCAGAAAGUCCGGUUUGUCAGCUGGGAAAAGCGAUGUCUAUUAUUUUAGUCCAUCUGGGAAGAAGUUUCGGAGCAAGCCUCAGCUGGCCCGUUACCUUGGUAACCAGAUGGACCUCAGCUCUUUUGAUUUCCGCACGGGAAAGAUGCUGAUGAGCAAGCUGAACAAGAAUCGCCAGAGACUGCGAUAUGAUAACAACAACCAGAACAAGGGCAAACCUGACCUGAACACAUCACUCCCAGUCAGACAGACAGCCUCCAUCUUUAAGCAGCCUGUAACCAAGGUUACCAAUCAUCCCAACAACAAAGUGAAGACAGACCCUCAGAAAGCUGUUGACCAGCCCAGACAGCUAUUUUGGGAGAAGAAACUCAGUGGUCUAAAUGCUUAUGACAUUGCAGAAGAGCUGGUGAAAACAAUGGAACUGCCUAAAGGCCUGCAAGGUGUUGGUCCAGGUUGCACAGACAAAACUCUCCUGUCAGCCAUCGCCAGCGCUCUGCACACCAGUGCUGCUCCAAUCACCGGGCAGCUGUCUGCUGCUGUGGAGAAGAAUCCAGGAGUCUGGCUAAACACUGCACAGCCACUGUGCAAGGCCUUCAUAGUCACUGAUGAGGACAUCCGGAAACAGGAGGAGCUGGUGUACAGUGUGAGGAAGCGGCUGGAAGAGGCGCUCAUGGCUGAUAUGUUGGCCCAUGUUGAGGAGGCUGCCAAUGAAGGAGAGGCUUUAAAGGAGGAGGGCAAUGGCAGUGAAGACAUGGAGAGUGUAUAGCACAGGUUUUUGCAAAGUCCAGAUGGAGUUGUUCCACACCUACAUACAUGACCAUGAACAGUAGGAUUCCUAUUCCAGUCCAUCCCUGAGGACCCCCCCACCCCCACCCCCCCGAAUCGGCAUCCAACUCCUAAACCUGACUUAUUCCAGUGCAACCUAAAGAGCUGUUUUCCCUUCGCCCGACCCCAGAAACUCAAGUCUCCAACGCGUCCAUUCGUCAUUAACUACACUGGAUGGGACUCCUUGGCCAAAUUUUUGAGCCCACAUGAUUGUUAAUGAGGAAAUGAAAAAAGAAAUUCAACACAAAAUCAAAUGAACUUUGGAAUACUAAAAAUAACUUAUCUACAUUGUGUCAAAUUCAAUGGUCAGUGAUAAGUGUAUUUUUUACUAAAAAGCUUUGAAUGAGUUUGUAUUUUUUGUGACAAUCAUGUCAAAUCUAAAUGUCAGAAAAAAAACUCGAUUUGUUUGCCUUUUUUUUUUUUUUUUUUUUUUUUUUUCUUUUUCAGGCAGAUUGGAAACGAAUGUUUUGUAAUUUUGCCGCCUCUUUCUUGAAUUGAAACACUCCUGUCACAGCACACGCUGAUCUGGUGGAAUCCCUACGGUUUGAUUUGUGUCUGUUGGGACAGACAGUCAAGUUUUUAUUGUAAUUUAAAAAAAAAAAAAAAAGUCCUCCACACCAGCUGCGUUGUCCUGUGAGUCGCGUUCAGUAUUGACCAAAGAGGAGACGUGUCAUUUUUUAUUUGAAAGGCUUUUAGGUUUUCGGCUUUUGGCCCCGCUGUUACUCAGCUAAACGUAACUAAGGUGAAAAGAGUGCGUGAUGGGGCUGUGGGAGAGAAAUGACUUGAGACCUCUUUUGGUUGUACGCUUAUUACUGUUUUUAACUCUCAUCAUCAUUAUAGGUGCUUACUGAUGUUGUGAGAUGCUGCUUAUUCAAAGCUUUGUUACGAUCACAGCUUCAGUCCAUGUAUUUUUAUUUUUUAAUUAUUCUAAUGUGUCAAUGUUACCACACAAGACGCUGCCUCUUCUGAAACACACGCACAGAACGGGUUAGAGAGCAAAUUAGUUGAAAUUGUCUUUUCAUUGUAUUACCUGAGUGGUAAGAUUUUGUAUUUUUUAAUUCCUGAUGAAUAAUGCGUCCAGCUGAAAUCGUGAGAUUCCCUACAAAACAUCAGCAGGCUGUUUGCUGAGAUAAAUUUGAUUGUAUUAUUAAAGUGAGUCAGUAUGUCACGAAAAUCU